AUGUCUAAGUCAUCAAUUCUACGAAACUUGCAUCUACAAGAGCAUCAUAGUAAAAGACUUCUGGAAAAAUACGGGUGUGCUAUACAACACUUUAUUGUUGCGAAUAUUUUUUUAUUUGCAGAACGUUAUCAUUAUGUGGUUAAAGCGAUGGUUCUUGCUGGAGGUAGGGGCAAAGGGAGAUUUAUUGGUGGUAGGGAAAAUUUUGGAGGAGUAUUUGUUACAAAAGACCGUAAUGAAGUAUUAGACGCUGUUCAAGAGAUGAUUGGAAAACGAUUGGUGACCAAGCAGACAGGCAAAGAUGGCAUUUUGGUGAAAGAGGUGAUGAUUGCGGAAGGAGUUGCAAUUAAAAGAGAGACGUAUCUUGCUAUUCUUAUGGAUCGGGAACUUAGUUGUCCUGUCAUUGUUCACAGUCCUGCUGGUGGGAUGGAUAUUGAAACUGUAUCGCGGACGAAACCUCAUUUGAUUUUUAAGGAACCCAUUGACAUCUCAAAAGGAAUUUCUAAUGCGCAAGCUGAAAAGGUUGCUAAAAAUCUUGGGUUUGAAGGACCAUCGAUAAAAAAAGCUGCUCAUGAAGUUAAGCAACUUUAUGAGUUAUUUAUUGGUGUAGAUGCAACUCAAGUAGAAAUCAACCCAUUGGUAGAAACCAAAGAUGGGCAAGCCUUUUGCGUUGACGCUAAACUUAACUUCGAUGACAGUGCUGAAUAUAGACAAAAAGAGAUCUUUUCUUUGAAUUCAGAUGAAGCGGAAGUAAGUGUAGCCAAAAAGUUUAAUCUGAACUAUAUUCCUUUGGAAGGAAAUAUUGGCUGUCUUGUGAAUGGCGCUGGUCUUGCCAUGGCUACAAUGGACAUAAUCAAAUUGUCCGGAGGAAAUCCAGCAAACUUUUUGGAUGUUGGUGGCACAGUAACGGACAAAGCUGUUUCUGCAGCUUUUUCGAUUAUUCUCUCUGAUCCAAAGGUAGAGGGUAUCUUGGUCAAUAUUUUUGGUGGAAUUGUUAAUUGCAAAACAAUUGCUAAUGGAAUGAUUGAUUUUUUCCAGCGGGAACACUUGAAAGUGCCCCUGGUUGUCAGAUUAGAAGGCACUAACGUGGAAGAAGCUAAAUUAAUGUUAAAGGAAAGUGGUCUUCCUAUAAUCUUUGCUGAUAACCUUGAAGCAGCUGCGAAGAAAGUGGUAGAAGUGAUACAAAAAAAGUAG